CCACACCGCCCCAUGUCUUUGCCCAUGGGUCCUUCAUGCAUGUUCCUUGACUUGACCCUGCCCCUUCUUUUCCCUACUGUUUCAUCACCAAGUACCUAUGCUGAUUUGGGAUAAGAUUAGUCAUCCUGUGUUACUUUUUAUUAAAAAGAUUGUGAGGAAAGUGACUAAUGAAGUGACCCUCCCAUCUUGCUCAUAGAAUUCAACUUCAAUUUCCCAUUUCAGCUAUCCCCUGAGAAUGAAAUUAUUGUUGGAAUAUGAAUCAAGUUUGAUCUUUCUUUCUCCACAUGACAGCCCAGUGAUUCAUAUAUGUAACACACACACACACACACACACACACACCAUUAGGGCACAGCUAUUUUGUUGGCGGUGAGAAAGGGCGGAAUAUUUGGUAUUUUGCAUUGCACCUUCUUCCUCUCUUUCUCAUCCUCACAAUCCCAUCAUUGUUACUCUUUUCAACUGAAAAGUCAGGUGAAGAAGUAAAAAACAGCAAAAAUAUAAACGGAAAAGCUAAUUAUUUUACUUAUUUUCCUCGUUGUAAAUAGCUGAGAGCACUGUUGACCAUUUCCUAUGGCUUGUUUUGCAAGUGAUUAACUCACUGACUUUACUAAAUACUAGCCUCUAAAAUCAAUGAUUUUCAACUGGUGUGCUGCAAGAAUUUUUAAAACAUGCACUGCCCAACUAUUUAGUCAGGGGUAUUGACCUCUUUUCCCUUAUCUUGUCAAAUUAAAAAAUGACAACAGCUAACACAACAAUAAACAACCAGUAUGAAUGAAUCCCAAUUAUACAUAUUUUUUGUCAGGUUGACAAUGAACACAUUUUUUGGUGUGCUGUAGAAUUUUAGGAAUUAGUUGAUGUGUGCCAAGGGAUGAAAAAGGUUGAAAAUCACUGCUCAGAUUAUGAUGAAAAUGUUUUCACUGAAAGAACUUCAGUAACAUAUUUUGUGCAUUUGAAUUGAGUCUCCUCUUUCUCCCUCCACACCUCCAGUUAUAACAAUGGUCACUUGUCCAGAAUAUCUAUUAGCUAAAAGUUGGAUUAAAGAUAUUUGUUUAGAAUAGUUGGCUUCUUUGUGAAAAUGGGAGCAAUUGGAACAGAUUAAGAUUAAAUGGCAUUGGAAGAGCUGGGUUAGCUUGAUGAACAGAAAGCUAGAGUAGAGUUGAUUUCCUGGCACUGUUUCCUUAGCAAAGAGAACAAUUUUAAUCAGUGACAAAAAUAUUUGGGAUCCAUAUGUUUCUCCCUGCUCAUUCCCAUAUGCCCAUAUUCGCUUUUAUCUUGGUGGAUGAUGACUUUAUGAUUCAGGCAUGCAAGAAAUAAUACCUCGCUGGCUUCAGAGCUCAGUGCUAUUUCAAAACAUGGCCUGGUAAUUACGCACACACAUGCAUCCAGGCUGUUCACGCUUUCAGUUGGUUGAGUGGAUAUCAGUUUGUUCUUUCUCUUUCUCCAUGGGAAGAAGUAUAUCUUGCAUCCACCCACAGGGGCUAGAGGAAUGCGACUAGGUUUAGAUCUGAAACCUGCAUUGACGUCCACCUCUUGGAUUAAAGGCCGUUGUGCAAAUACGAGGAGCAGGGAAAGGAGGCAAAAGGGAUGUUGAUGAUCAUUGACAACUUCAUUUUCUUUGGGGAAAGGAAACGGAAUUCAAAAAGCAUUUGGUAAUUCCAUCCAUUACUGGUGCCUAUUCUAAGACAUAUUAGAUAAUGGCUGGUUACUUAAAUAGAUUCUGAUUUUAAGCUGUGUUAACCUCUAUUUAAUCUUGAGUGUUUGUCACAGUAGUUACGCUAAAACUGGUCAAAGUGGGAAAAUUAAAAUAGCUGUCGAUGAACCAUUCAUGUGUGUUCUGAAUGCAUAUUUGUUUAUUUUGCAAUGCGCUAUAUAAUUUUUAACAACAAAAGAAACAUAUUUCAAAGCCAAAUUAUCCAUUUUAAUAAAACAUGGAUAAAGCUGGGAGUGAUUGACUGUAUAAACAAUUGCAUUUUCAAAAGUUGUUUUUCUCUCGUGCAACAAAUGGCGUUGUAACCCAAUAGGCGGUUAACAUAGCCACAGUGAAAUCCCGUGAGGACCAGCUGUGCUCGUUUAAACUUGGGAGGGGGGCAACGAGGAGGAGGCAGAGAGGGUUUCUGAACUUCAGACUGCAUAACUGAGAUGCAUUUAUUGUUUUCAAAGAUGGGUACAUGAUGGGAGAGGCGUGCGUGCUGUUGGAGUUAGCAGGUGUGCGACGGAGCAGAAUUGCAGCUAAAGGAGACGGAUGCAGCUUGGUUUUGGCACAUGCUAUUAGUGAUCCGUCUCUGUGUUUGCAUUCAAGCUGUCUUUGCCUCUGCUCCUGUAGGAGUGGUGAGAAAAAGAAAGUACACAUUAUAGCAUGGAUUGUUUUCAACAAGCUUAAAGUUUGCAAAUCUGUUGAAUCCCUCUGACAGCGUGUCUUUGCUGUCAAACAGAAUGCCCAGCUGGUGGUGGCAAUCGGGCUGGGGAGGGAGGGGUCCGGAGAGACUGCGUUCACCCUGCAACGAGAACGUUAGGGAUGCUUCUUCCCAAACUGUAAGCAGGGAGGAAAGAGCUGUCAGACAUGCCUCCGAGAACCUGCUCUUUUUCACUUUCCAGAUCAUGCCUCAUGAAAUCGAAAUCUUUACAUACACUUCAUUAGGAUAACUCUCAUAAAGAAAGGAGUCAGAAACAACAUUAAGGUAUAUUAUAUGAAUCUAUAAUUAAGACAAAGGCUUUGGUUAAAAAAAAAGAGGCAAGACUUUUGCUCAUAGGUGAUCCGGAUUCUCAUUGAGGCAAACGAUCAAGCUCUUUUUUUUUUAAAUAUAAAGUGAGAGAUUUCACUAAAAAAGGUUAAAAUUGAAGUGAGUAAUCUUCAGUGCAUAAUGCAAUUGUUAAUUUUAGCUCCUUGCGUGGGUGCCGCUCUGACUUGAACAGCCGGCUGUAGCCUUCAUUAGAGAAGAAGCAGGCAGCUUGAGACAGGUGGAGCUGGAUCAAGCUGUGAACGUGAUUUUGCUGGAAGCUGGUCAUUAGUGUUAGAAACCUGGUCUUAUUUCUUUCGUCCUUCACCCUACCAUGAUUGUUGCAAUUCUUGCUAUUGACAUUUCAUCUUUUUUCAGGUUGAUGAUGUGUCAAACUGUGUAAGGGAAUCGCAUGGACAUGGGCAUUCCGAACUGUUAAUGGGGACAUGGGACUCCAGUCACCUCUGAUCACUUGUGUGGAUUUUCCUGGUGUAGAACGACAGAAGCCGCUUAGUGAGUCGCCAAGACCUACAGCAGGAAUCCUGCACAAAAGGGCAUCGAACCUUGCUAUUUUAAUUUGCGUCUGAAAGAAUGUCUGAGCCAGGGGACCUGAGUCAGGCCAUAGUGGAGGAAGGCGGGGCUGAGCAAGAAGGGGCCACUCCAGAGAAUGGCAUUGUUAAGUCAGAAAGUCUGGAUGAAGAAGAGAAGCUGGAACUGCAGAGGCGACUGGCGGCUCAGAACCAAGAGAGAAGAAAGUCAAAGUCAGGGGCAGGCAAAGGGAAGCUGACCCGCAGCCUCGCUGUCUGUGAAGAAUCCUCGGCCAGACCCGGAGGGGAGAAUCUCCAGGAUCAGGAAUCAAUUCAUUUACAGCUUUCCAGUUUCCCCAGCCUGCAAGAGGAUGAUAAAUCUAGGAAAGAUGACACUGAAAGAGAAAAAGAAAAGGAUAAAAACAAAGAUAAAUCCUCUGAAAAACCCAAGAUCAGAAUGUUAUCAAAAGAUUGCAGCCAGGAAUACACGGACUCCACAGGCAUAGACUUGCAUGAGUUUCUGAUUAACACGUUAAAGAAUAAUUCCAGGGACAGGAUGAUACUCUUGAAAAUGGAGCAGGAAAUUAUCGAUUUCAUUGGUGACAACAAUAAUCAUUAUAAAAAGUUCCCCCAGAUGUCAUCCUAUCAGAGGAUGCUCGUCCACCGCGUGGCGGCUUACUUCGGGCUGGACCACAAUGUGGAUCAAACAGGGAAGUCUGUGAUCAUCAACAAGACCAGCAGCACAAGAAUACCAGAGCAAAGGUUUUGUGAACAUUUAAAAGAUGAAAAAGGUGAAGAAUCCCAGAAGCGGUUUAUCUUGAAGCGCGAUAACUCUAGUAUUGAUAAAGAAGACAACCAGCAAAACAGAAUGCAUCCAUUUAGAGAUGACAGACGAAGUAAAUCAAUUGAAGAGAGAGAAGAGGAGUAUCAGAGAGUGAGGGAGAGAAUAUUUGCACACGAUUCAGUUUGCUCCCAGGAAAGCCUUUUUGUGGAAAACAGGCUCUUGGAAGACAGUAGCAUAUGCAAUGAGACCUAUAAGAAAAGACAGCUCUUUCGGGGGAACAGAGAUGGCUCGGGGAGGACGUCCGGCAGCCGGCAGAGCAGCUCAGAGAAUGAACUCAAGUGGCCCGACCACCAGCGGGCCUGGAGCAGCACGGACUCCGACAGCUCCAACCGCAAUCUCAAGCCUGCCAUGACCAAGACGGCGAGCUUUGGGGGCAUCACGGUGCUGACCAGGGGCGACAGCACGUCCAGUACCAGGAGUACCGGGAGGCUCUCCAAAGCAGGUAGUUCUGAGUCAUCCAGCAGCGCGGGCUCCUCAGGAUCGCUGUCCCGCACCCAUCCCCCUCACCAGAGUGCGCCCCUGGUCUCAGGCGUGGCAGCCAGUUCUCCUGGCUGUGUGCCCUAUCCGGACAGUGGAAUGGGGGGCCAGGUCGGUUCCAGCAGCACCAGCUACAUCCUCCUUCCACUGGAAGCUGCAACGGGCAUCCCGCCGGGAAGCAUCCUCCUUAAUCCACACACAGGCCAGCCCUUUGUGAAUCCCGACGGCAGCCCCGCGGUGUACAACCCCCCCAGCAGUCAGCAGCCCCUGCGAGGUGCCGUGGUGGGGCCGUCCCAGCAGCAGCCGCGGCAGCAGCCCUCUCCUCAGCCGCAGCAGCAGGUGCCACCGCCGCAGCCGCAAAUGGCAGGAACGCUGGUCACUCAGUCUGUCCAGGGGCUGCAGGCUUCCUCCCAGUCAGUGCAAUAUCCAGCAGUCUCUUUUCCUCCCCCGCAUCUCCUGCCUGUGUCCCCAACGCAGCAGUUCCCCAUGAGAGAAGAUGUGGCCACACAGUUCAGCCAGAUGAACCUGAGCAGGCAAUCCUCAGGAGAGACUCCGGAGCCCCCACCCGGCCCGGUCUACCCGCCCUCCCUCCUGCCCCAGCCAAGCCAGCAGCCCGGCUAUGUCAUCGCCUCCACCGGCCAGCAGCUCCCCCCCGGAGGGUUCUCGGGCUCUGGACCUUCCAUCUCCCAGCAAGUCCUCCAGGCCCCUCCCUCGCCACAGGGCUUUGUGCAACAGCCUCCACCUGCACAGAUGCCCAUUUAUUACUACCCAUCUGGUCAGUACCCUACCUCAACCACGCAGCAGUACCGGCCCCUGGCCUCCGUUCCGUACAGUGCCCAGAGGGGUCAGCAGAUGCCGCAGACAGCACAGCAAGCAGGUUACCAGCCGGUCUUGUCUGGUCAGCAGGGGUUCCAAGGCCUCAUGGGAGUGCAGCAGCCGCCCCAGAGUCAGGGUGUCAUGAGCAACCAACCAGGAGCUCCGGUGCAAAGUGUGAUGGUCUCCUACCCAACGAUGUCUUCAUAUCAGGUGCCAAUGACCCAAGGUUCUCAAGGACUGCCCCAGCAGUCAUACCAACAACCAAUCAUGCUACCUAACCAGACAGGUCAAGGGUCACUCCCAGCCACCGGAAUGCCUGUUUACUGUAACGUCACGCCGCCGACCCCUCAGAACAACCUUCGGCUGAUCGGCCCCCACUGCCCCUCCAGCACCGUCCCCGUGAUGUCGGCCAGCUGCAGGACGAACUGUGCGAGUGUGAGCGACGCCGGCUGGCAGGUCAAGUUCUGAGCGCUCUGGCUGCGGGGGCUUUCUCUGGAUACUGCCCACGGCCUUUACGGGAAGAGGAGCAAGGUGGGAAAAACUGGCCGAGGACUUACGUAGUCACUCAACACUCAAAUGAUUGCUGCUGGUAUUCUGUACAAAAACAAAACAAAACAAAAAAAAAAACAAAAGAAAAAAACAACAAUACAAACAAAGACUAAUACACACAUUAGCUGGUAAAUGGUGCAUAUUUCCGUCAUGUCUGCUAGGUACGCCUUUGUAGCUUAGCUAGUGACAUGAAUUCAUCAAGGUAAGAUUUUCUCCUACCACUGAACACCACUGUGUAGACGAUCCUCUCCCUACUUUGGAUUAUUAGUUUUGUACUUUGUGUUGAGUUUGUGAUGCUAAAACUAUUUAAAAAUUAUAUACCGAACUCAUAUUGUACCAAAGCUGUCAUGGGGAAAAAAAAGCAAAGAAUUGAUGAAUUGAAGGAAUAAUUUAUAUACACUAUAGAGUUUUCUUUUUUUAAUGGAUAUCUACUGUAUUGUAGUGUUUAACCAAAAUAAAACUAUUUGACCUUGCGGAGGAAGGUCAUGUUUUUACCACCA